CCGGCUCAGUCCACCCGCCCUUCUUGUCCAGCUUGAGAUGGAGGCGACGCUGGUGCUGGAGCCUGCGGGCCGCAGCUGCUGGGACGAGCCGCUGGGCAUCUCCGUGCGCGGCCUGGCCCCCGGGCAGCCCGUCACGCUGCGCGCGGCCCUGCGCGACGAGAAGGGCGCGCUCUUCCGCGCCCACGCGCGCUACCGCGCCGAUGCCCACGGCCAGCUGGACCUGGCGCGCGCGCCCGCGCUGGGCGGCAGCUUCGCGGGGCUCGAGCCCAUGGGGCUGCUCUGGGCCAUGCAGCCCGAGCGGCCUUUCUGGCGCCUGGUCAAGCGCGACGUGCAGACGCCCUUCGUGCUGGAGCUGGACGUGCUGGACGGACACGAGCCCGACGGCGGGCGGCUGCUGGCCAAGGCGGGGCACGAGCGCCACUUCCUGGCUCCCGGGGUGCGGCGCGUGCCCGUGCGCGAGGGCCGGGUGCGCGCCACGCUCUUCCUGCCCCCAGAACCUGGCCCCUAUCCUGGGAUUGUGGACCUUUUCGGAGUUGGAGGUGGCCUCCUGGAGUAUCGGGCUAGUCUGCUGGCUGGGAAGGGCUUUGCCGUGAUGGCUCUGGCUUAUUAUAACUAUGACGACCUCCCCAAGAGCAUGGAAACCAUGCGCAUGGAGUACUUUGAAGAAGCCGUGAACUACCUGCGUAGCCACCCCGAGGUAAAAGGACCAGGAAUUGGGCUGCUUGGGAUUUCCAAAGGGGGAGAACUUGGCCUUGCUAUGGCCUCCUUCCUGAAGGGCGUCAAAGCUGCCGUGAUCAUCAAUGGCUCUGUGGCUGCUGUUGGGAACACCAUCUACUACAAGGAUGAGACCAUCCCCCCUGUGACUAUCCUGAGAAAUCGCGUCAAAAUGACCAAAGAUGGCCUCAAGGAUGUCAUAGAUGCUCUGCAGAGCCCUUUGGUAGAGGAGAAGAGCUUCAUCCCCGUGGAGAGGUCUGACACGACCUUCCUGUUCCUAGUAGGGCAGGAUGACCACAACUGGAAGAGCAAGUUCUAUGCGGAUGAGAUCUGUAAACGCUUGCAGGCCCACGGGAAGGAGAAGCCCCAGGUCAUCUGCUACCCGGAAGCUGGCCAUUACCUUGAGCCCCCCUACUUCCCACUGUUCAAGGCUGGCAUGCACCAGCUGGUGGGCACGAACAUCCUCUUUGGAGGGGAGCCUAAGCCCCACGCCCUGGCCCAGGUGGACGCAUGGCAGCAGCUGCAGACUUUCUUCCACAAACAGUUGGGUAGUAAAAGUUAGGGGGCCUCCUAACAUGCAACCCCUCAUCUGGUAUUCUGGGGGGGUCAAAUUCAGUGUACGAAGAUCAGGUCUGAUUACGUCAUCUGAACAUAUAACUCCUUUAGGUUUACAUUUUUAAAGUUAGUAUUACUCUCAAAACAGUGCUUCUCCAAGGGCUAGAGAGUCUUGCACUGGCUUGUGCAAGUCCCUGGGUUCAAUCCAACGUUCUGUAAGAAAACAAGCAAAUAUUAUAUAGAAACUGUACAACUUCAAGGAACAAUGCUCAGAAUAAAAAGGAAACCAUGAGUUACUGC